AUGGGUGGCAGUUCUUCCACUCCAGUUCUAUCAAAGGAAUCUCAAGCCAUACAAGAUGAGGUUAAUAAGUAUCCAGUGAUAAUGUACACGAAGGAACGUUGCCCGUACUGCGUAUGGGCGAAGAAGGAACUGAACGAUGAUGGAAUAUUUUUUGUUGAACGAAAUUUUAGCGAUGAAGCGUCGGUCAAAGCUACCAAGCAAGGAUUGGCGGAUCUAACACAUUGCAACACAGUGCCGCAGAUUUUCGUCUGUGGAAGGUUCAUCGGUGGGUACAAUGAAUUGCAUACCUUGAGAGGCAAUCUUCCGCGUAUGAUAGAACAGUGCUCAUCGGAUGGAAAGACGAUCGACAAAAAGCAUGGUGAAUCUCCAAAAUCAAAAAUCUAG